AUGGUCAACUUUGAUGCUGUCUCUCUCUUCACCAAUGUCCCCACCUCUGACGCCUGCAAAUUUGGCAAGGAAAGAUUUCAACUGGAUUCCAUCCUCAAGGAUCGCAACGACCUCACCCCUGACCGGCUUCAUUACCUUCUCCUCACCUAUGUCACCUCAUCUGGCUUCUGUUGGCGAGAUAAAUUCUUUGAACGGAUGAACGUCCAGCAAUAUCAAAGAGUCGUGGACAGGAAAACCACAGCAAUCAAGCCAGUGCAGGCGAAAGUCUCGAGUGAAAACGAUGGUUCGGAUAUUGUAACAGUUACAACAGAAAAGCCGACGCCCGUGAUUCAAAAAGCUGAAGCUCUUACAAAGGCAAACGAACCGACAAAAUGCCCGACUUCGGUUCGACACAAGAUGUUGACGACUCCAUUCACUCGUAACAAGUUCGUCUUACACACUCCAAUUUUGGCUUGGGAUGAGCAUUACUCUCACGAGGAAUACGUCCGACUUGCACAGUUCCAUGGCAUUUUCGGAUGGAAAAGUUACAAUGAAAUAGAUAUAUCCUCUUCGCUGACAAAGCUUGAUUCCCCUCACAACCGAUAUCUGUUUGAUAACCGCCUCGUCAACGGUAAGAUUCCCGAUGACGAUAAAUGUAUCACAUGUGCUGUGAUUGGCAAUGGUGGUAUCCUCAAAGGCUCCAAGAAAGGCAAAGAGAUAGAUGCUAAUGACUAUGUAUUUAGAGUAAACACGGCCUUAACCAAGGGUUAUGAGGAAGAUGUAGGAAGUAGAACCUCUUUCUAUUGUUUUGGGAUGUCAACGCUGUCAAACACACUAGCAGGUGGAUUUGAAACGAAAUUUAGACAACUUCCUAAUGAUGAGGGAAUUCGGUAUGUAUUUUUCGCUGACGGCUACUGGGCUUACACGUAUCUUGCAUCAGUGUUACACGGAGGCAAAGGAACUGUUAUGACAAACAGAUAUCCAGUUCGAUUUCCCAAAAAGCUGCAAGCCACCGAUAUCAAGUUGGUCCAUCCGGACUUUGAGAGAUAUCUUAAAUGGAGCUGGGUAAAUUCGACCAAUCAACACAGCCGAAUUCAUCGACCAACAACCGGUGGCAUCAUGCUUCUAUUGGCAUUACAUACGUGUGAUGAGGUCAAUGCGUAUGGUUUCGGUGGAAGUUACACCAAGUUUUCGGAGCACUAUUACGACAAGUCGUUUCACAAACAUGUCGACUAUCUCAACCACGACACUACGGCAGAGAACAGGCUUUGGAAAAAACUACACAAUCUUGGUAUCAUUAAUAUGUACACCCGGGGAUAGUCAGCUUCUAAAACUGUGACCCUUGACCCCGACAGUGGCAGUUGGUCGAUUCACACGGACAAGUCAUGAUCUGUCAUCUCCAAAUAAAUAAUGUGAUGUUUCCAUCAGAAUUUAUAAUCUAGACUUGUCGGAUGCAUUAAAACCUUCAAGGCCCAAUUUCAUAGCGCUGCUUAACAGUUGAAAAGUUGUGCUAAUUUCUGUAGUAAAAAAUAAUGCUGCUACCAAAGCCCUAAUUUGGGGCGUGGACUUGCUAACGGUUAAGUUGCGUGCGCAUGAAGAUUUCUAUCAUCGCGUCACUGAUUUAAGCAACUUUUUCCUCUAGGGUUAGCGUGAUUUUGUUGUGGUAAUUAUUGCUUACGCUCUCUAUGAAAUGGAUGGAAGCUUGGUAAGUACAUGUACAAAAUCGGCUGUUAAGCAGCGCUAUGAAAUAUUGCCCUGUCCAUUGUUACUAUACAAUUCAUUUAUUUAGCUUCUUAGCGCUCAACCAUUCUAGGAACAUUCGGGUCAUAUUGACCCGGAAUCUGGGUUCUUUUACCUUUGUCGGGUCAAAAUGACACUUUUCCGGGUCAAAAAUGACACUGG